CUUGUGGUACUUCUGGGUGUUCCUUGCUACAACGUAUGCCUGAAUACAACUUGUGGAUUUGCAGACUGCAGCUCGCUCAAAAGUUCUGGUGUUUUUAUAUCCAGUCGCAUUCGCAGUAUUCCACCGAGGGCCCGUCAACCGGCAGUUGAUACAGCCGUCAGCAGAUCGUAUAUCCGGUAAAAAUCCAUUACCGGCCCGUCCAUUUCCUGCUUCACCUUCCCCAAUUCGCCCUUUUCCAUACUUCAUUAGCGCUGGAUAUCAAAUACCCGACCUCGCAAUAUUCUCGAUCACAUCUAUCAACCAGCCUAUCACGCUUGCACCGCUGGCUGUAGCGGCCUCGCGCUAUAGCGCCUAGUGACACGCAUCCUAUUGCUCAGCUUCCAUUAAUUAUUAAAAGGCGCGGAGGCGUACGGACGACUAUCGAGGUCUGCAUUUUCAUCAGGUUUGGUUGGGUUAACCGAAUAAAGCCGGGUUGGGCUGUUUGGCUCAUGUAAAGACAAUCUGAAGUGUAGUAUUGGGCCAGAUGAGGAUGACCGGAGAAGCCGCCGAGUGGGGACGAAUCGCAAACAGAUAUCCCUAACUCCCUUCUAUAUCUUUCUCGAUGUAUGAUGGAACUGUCAACAUCCAAUAAGGUCAUCUUCCGUGAUGCUCACCCACGCCAGGCCUGGGUAUCACUGUCAGAAGCGAGCGAAAUGGGUGAUGACUAGGAGCGCCUACGUUGCAAAGAGGCUGGGACGCCAGGAAAAAAACAAGCUGUGCUGCCACGAAGAAGGCAAAAGAAGCUAGGUACAAAACUAAAACCAGCUUUCUCUCAUCCAACACCUUGAUCACAAUGUACAACAUGAUGAGGAUGUAGAGGACUGAGAAGCUAUACGGACCCCUCUUAGCAAAUGCCAGCUUCAAGACAUUGUGACUUACGCUGCUGGCAAUAUCAAUGAGAAUACGAACAAUGCAAUGCCUUUCAAGUUCUCCGCAUCCGCUAUGGAAGUCAAAUGGAACGCUUGACUCCAGUGCAGACCUGUGUCGAGGGAGAUAUAAAGAGUGGCUGCAAAGAAAAGUAUACUGAAGAUUGAAAGUGGCACCAGUGCCGCUGCUGUUCCAUCCCUAUCUCUCUUAUCAGCACUACUUCCCCUCAACACUUGACAAUUUGUACACCCACUCGACUAUCUGGGCAGCAAUCAAAGCGUUCCCUAACAAAAGCCAGAAGAAAACGACGAUAAUGCCAAUGUGGAUCGCACUGACGACAACGAGGCCUUUUGACCCUUGCUUGAGGAGGGAGGUCAUGGUCACGAUUUGGAGAGCUGAGCGAACCCCGAAAGCGACGAGCAGUAAACGAAGUUCAGCCCGUCCGACGGCCGCCCAUCUUCGAGAAGCCCGAAAAGCGAACAGUGAAGCGAUUAAAACUGCCACGGCUGAAAGAACGAUAAGGGCUGGGUGCGAUAUGAAGAUCCUCUUUGUCCUAUCCGAGCUAUCUCACAAUUUGACCCCACGCCUGUUCCUGCAUCCCGUUUGGCUGCGAGUACCGCCAAAUCUUCGUUGGAAUUUUGCCUCGUCUGUUGAUUGUCUAGUCAGCGAGUAUAACCAAUCCCAAUAAGCAACAUACGACAUUGUACUGGCUGAAGAAAGUCGAGCUUUCGGGGAAGAGGGUAGUGAGGAAUGGGGUAUCAUUCUCGAAUAGUUGGGAGAAGAAUAAGUUGCACUGUGGCAAUACGAGCCGAAUGGUUCUGGCAUGUUGCUGGCUAUAUCUUCUCUGAUAGAUGAUGCGUUUCUUUGAACGUUUUUCGAUGGUUGGUCCUAAGCUUGCGCUUGGUAUGCCGGUGGUCUGGAACUAUUAUUCAACAGUUUGCCGAGCUCUGACCUCUUAUAAUGGUUUGUCGUCAGGCGGUCGUUAAAAUCGUUUGAGAUCAGCUUCCAGAGCUAAGAGUUGAAUGUGUGAUCUUUAGUGGUGACAGAGGAGUGACUGCUAGCGUUAUUAAGAGAGGGUAAAGAUGAAGAAGAGGAUGAUAAAGGAGUUGCCAAUUUUGUUAAUGAUGUGCUCCUCCAGGUGUAUGCACGUCCGUAACAACAUCCUCCAGCAGGGCACACAAGGUGUCUGUGCGUAAGGAACCAUUAAUACAUGUCGGUAUCGCCGACUAUAGAAGGUGGAGUA